AUGUCGUCUGCAAACAGAGAGCAGGUCUUCCCGACACGGAUGACGCUGAGUUUGAUGAAGGGGAAGCUGAAGGGGGCUCAGCAGGGCCAUUCGCUACUGAAACGUAAAUCUGAAGCGUUGACCAAGAGAUUUAGAGAUAUCACCAAACGGAUAGACGACGCCAAGAGAAAGAUGGGCCGUGUGAUGCAGACGGCGGCAUUUUCGUUGGCGGAGGUCUCAUACGCCACAGGUGGCAACAUUGGAUACCAAGUUCAGGAAUCUGUGAACAAAGCACGUUUCCGGGUGCGUGCUCGCCAGGAGAACGUCUCCGGAGUGUAUUUGCCGCAAUUCGAGGCCGACAUCGACGAGAGCAUUAACGACUUCAAGAUGACAGGUCUGGGAAGAGGAGGACAGCAGGUUCAGAAGGCCAAGGACGUCUACACGAAGAGUGUACAGACGCUUGUUGAUCUUGCGUCGCUACAGACUGCAUUUGUCAUUCUAGACGAGGUGAUCAAGGUGACCAACAGAAGAGUGAACGCUAUUGAGCACGUGAUUAUCCCGCGCACGGAAAACACCAUUGCUUACAUCAACUCGGAGCUGGACGAGCUUGACAGAGAGGAGUUCUACCGGCUGAAGAAAGUGCAGGAGAAGAAGCAGCAGGCUAAUGCGCAGCUUGAUGCCGAGAACGCUGCCAGAAAGGCCAAGGCUCUUGCUGAGCAGCCGCAGGAAGAGACAAAACAGGAAUCGCAGGAGGUGCCUGACCUGACUGCGCAGACAGAAGACGACGUGAUAUUUUGA